AUGGAUUCAGACACAGACCAAGAAAUUCUAACGAAUAUAAUCCACCCGGAAAAUUCAACCCACCUGAGUAUCACCACAGUGUUAAAUUAUUGCAAAAAGAAAAUAUUGAACCCUUACCUACGGUUGUUGAGUUACAUGGGGCUUCGUCCUUUCGCCUACGACCACCAAGAAACCACGUUUUGUUUGUCUUUUUUCAAUUUUACUUACACCACCCUUGUGGUGCUGUUAAUGCUGUGCGGUUAUGUACUACAAUAUAUGGCAUGUUUUAGAAGGGAUAGAGGCUUUUGUCAAAAACUACCAAUCCACUCUGGCAACCCUGAAAGCCAGCAUUUAAUAAAUUUGGGUAAGAAAGAAAUUUACGAAAAAACUUGCGAUGGUUCCUUAUUGUUUACUUUUAUUAUACCUGGGGCUUUGCAUCUUUUUGGGUAUUUGAAUGCUGUUAUUAUAUUUAGGAGUUCCGACGAUGAUCAGCUACCACUUUUAAUGGAAAGAGUGUUUAUAUCUUCGGCAAAUCUGCCGAACGGAUUUUUAAACCAAAAAAAAUUGGUAAGGACUUUAUGGUACUUUGUUUUCAUAAGUAUGGUGUGGAUGGCACUUUCUCUAAUCUCAGUGAAUACCAUGAUGGGUGUUGCAAACAUUGAAUUUAAAUGGAUUGCAAAAAGUCCGAUCUACAUUACUUACUUAAUGAAGGGGUUUUUGGUUUUCUGUACCCUGUGGCAUGAUAUCAUUCAGGCAAGUGUUAUAUCAAAUUAUUGUCUGCAAGCCCAAUUGCUUACAUCUUAUUUGCAAUUUUUGAGGCUUAAAUUACUGCAAUACCCCAUACAACCACUGGAAUGGAUGAGGGAUAUAGAAGACUUUAAGAAGAUGUUAAAAUACUUCAACACCUUGAUAGCGCCAGGUGUAUGUUUGUUCACAAUAAUAAACCUAACAUAUUCCGUGUCUGGACUCCUAUGGCUUUUUAAUUUUGAUCAUAUUGACAGCGAAACUCUUCCAAUUUUUGGACUAAGUAUUUUAAACGUUGGAUUAUGGAUUUUAAUUUCUAUGGCACCAUUUGUUCAAGCCGCGAGAUUAACAAAUGCGUGCAGCAUGAUAAAAGCAGCAGGCCAAGAGGUCAGAAUUAGGCCUUUUGUGCAUCAAGAUACGCCCUCUUGCGAGCUGGACUCGGUACUAAUUUACACCUCGAGCCUCAAGAUAGACGCUCAGCUGUUCUACAUGCCCAUCGAUGGAAAGUAUUUGUGCUUUUUCGUCACCAUUGCGUCGAUUGUCAUCAUCGUGUUGGGUCAAUUGCAUUACUUACUAUAA